UUCCGCUCGGUUCUGUUUUGGUUCUGUGUUGGAGCUCUAACUUGAUGCUGUGGCAGCGAAGAUCUCUCCAAACUCUGAAAUGUGACUAACCUUGACGGGUUGUUGUUGCGAACAGACAGGCUGGACGUAUUUUCUCAUGCUCAGGGCGGACUGCCAGGUGCAGAACACUGACUUAUCGGCUUAAAACUGAAAAGAUGAAAACCAAGAGGGACGACAUCAUUUUUCAGACUCUCCUCUUGAUCCACAUCCCUGUGGCCUGCUUUUUCACUGCAGUGUCAUGUCAGGCUGAGAGCAGCAGCAGCGUGGUUGUGGCAGGUUAUAAUGUGAGCUCCCGUGCUGGUUCGAAGCUAGUGCUGCAGUGUGUGAGCAGCCGGAUGGUGUGGACCAGGGACAGGGUGAGAGACAGGCAGAGGGUGAUCCACUGGGAUAUGUACCGGGCUUAUCCGGACUACGCCAUGGAGAGGGUGGUGGAUAUGUUCUCGGCAGGAGAACAGAGGAUGUACAACUCCUACAAUCUGGGCAGGGUUGGUCUCAACCCGACAGCCUUCAAAGAUGGAAACUUCUCCCUGGUUAUCAAAGAUGUGACGAUGAAUGACCGAGGUCUGUACUCCUGCAACCUCCACCACCUCUACUGCAACCUCUACGAGACAGUCAGAGUCCAGCUCAAUGUCACUAAAUCACGCCGUAAAGAACAGCGAUACUGGGAUGGGCAUAAGGCCGUGUACGUGGUGCUGCUCGGGAGCACUGCGGUGCUGCCGUGCAUCAACCGACGUAGUGUGUGGACAGACUGGAGCGACGAGGAGGAGGAUCAGCAGGUGGUUCACUGGGACCGUCAGGCUCCAGGAAUUUCCCAUGACCGAGCUGACCGACUUGUGGACCUGUACGCCUCUGGGGAGCAGCGGAGCUAUGGACCUCUGUUCCUUCAGAGGAAGAUGAACAUCAGCAAUCACGCCUUCUCUGAAGGAGACUUCUCACUCACCAUAUCUGACCUGCAGCCAGCAGACCAGGGACUGUAUUCCUGCCACCUCCACCAUCAUUACUGCGGUCUCCAUGAGAGAAGAGUAUUUCAGGUCACAGUGGAGCCUUCGCUGGUUAAGCCAACAAUGCCGGCUAAAGCACUGCCCAGCGAAGACAAGGAGACAGCUAAGGCUGAAUCACCGCGAGUCAUCACCGUCAUCCUGCCCGAGCAAAGGCACCACUUUCUCCUGCCUCUGGGCUACGUCCUCACCUCCUUCCUGCUCCUGGCGUUCGUUGUCCUCAUCAUCGUCGUCAUCGUACGACGACGCACGACCAAAGAAAUGUAUCCUCGGUCGUAUAUGGGGUCCAGCAGAAGUCAGAGCUGCUCAGAUGAGUUUGAGAUGGACGUUACUGAGGUGAAUGUGUGCAGCCCAGAGGAAAGAAGAUUCGACUACAAGAACAACCUGCUGAAAGAAAAAGCCCACGUGAAAACUCAGCCAAAAGUCAUUGAUCUCGACAAAGAGAUGCAGAAGUUCUCUAAGUGAAAUAAAAGAAGUGGAACUGGAGUCACUGGCUGGUCCAGAGGCUGCGCUCCAACCUAAACACCUCCAUACUGUCUUCUGUCCUGUCAGGAGAGAUGCCGCAAAGAGAAACGCAGUGUUGCAAAAAUCUAUGUUGUGACAUUCAGAAAAAGAACACUGAGGUUUUGUGUUGCCAAAUUGUAGAUAUUAGAUACAAACAGGGCUGUGAAAUGUAUAUGCCCCCUUCCUCAUUUCUUAGUUUGUUUGUGUAUUUGUCACACUUACAUGUUUUAGGUCAUCAAACAAAUUUUUACUAUUAGACAAAGAUAACCAGUUUUCACAUGGUGAUUUCAUUUAUUAACUGGUUUAAAAAUAUAUCAAAAAAUGCUCUGGGAUUCCAGUGAGCCAGAGUGAGAGCCAUUAUCCACAAACGGAGAAAACUUGGACCAGUGCUGAACCUUAAGGAGUGGCUGGCCCACUAAAAUUGCUCCAAGAGCACAUCGACAACUCAGGGCAACUCCAGGAGUUCACAAAAGAACCCAGAACAACAUUUAAAGAGCUGCAGACCUCACUUUCCUUAGUUAAGGUCAGAGUUCAUGAUUCAACAAUUGAGAAAAAAAAUAAUAAGACUGAGCAAAAAUGGCAUCCAUGGGAGAGCUCCAAGGAGAAAACCACAGCUGACUGAACACAACACAAAGUCUCAUCUCACAUUUGGAAAAUAUUCUGUGGACUAAUGAGACAAAAGCUGAACUUUUUGGAAGGUUUCAGUCCCCUUACAUGUUGUGUAAAACUAAAACAGCAUUUCAUAAAGAGAAUGUGGUGGCAGUGUUGGCUUCUUUGCUCCUUCAGGACCUGGAUGACUUGCUGUAAUCGAUGGAACCAUUAAUUCUGCUCUCUACCUAAAAAUCCUGUCUGACCGUCAGUUUAUGUUUUCGCAACAGGACAAUGGUCCAAAACACACCAGCAAGGCCACCUCUGAAUGGUUUAAAAAAGUGUUUUGGGGUGGCCUAGUCAAAGUCGGGACUUAAAUCGGAUUGAGAUGCGUGGGCCAAAAUUCCUCCACACUGGUGUCAAAGAUUCAUCUUCAACGAUCACAAACACUUGAUUGUGAAACUUGAUUGGCUAAUAACUGGUUGUGCCACUAUGAGGGUGAAUACUUUUUCACACAGGGCCAGGUGGGUUUGGAUCACUUUUCCCCCUUAAUAAAUAACCUGAAUUUUCAAAUGAUGAUUUUAUCUUUGUUUGAUGAUCGGAAACAUAUAGGUGUGACAAAAAUGCAAAAAAAAAAAACCCUAAGAAAUGAGGAAGAGGGAAUUCUUUUUCACUGCACUAAGAUUGACCUGACUGCGAAAGGAAGGAGAAAUGUGUGCACAGAUUGCAGAGAACUGACUCACUUCUGAGUUGGUGAAGAUAAAGUUCCAGCCUGAAUCAUAAUUCCUUUAGUUAGAAAGUUUUUAUGCUGACUUUGCUCUUCUUCUUUCCUCCCAAAAGCGCCACUGAAGUGUUACCAUAACUCUGCACUGCGUCCAGUAGCCGCUGACUAACUGUAUGCUCACUCACCACCAAGCAGAAUAUGUGAAACGUUCUGAUGCAGAUAUUUUUUAUUGUACACUUGCUUAGUGGACAUCACCCUGCUUCUUUUUUCCUCUGUGAAUGUAGGAGGCAUGUUUCACAGCAGUUUCUCUUACCCUUUGUUGGACUAGUUAAUGAAGAUUUAGUCAUGUUAUAACCAGUAUAGCAACUGUCUCACAAAACUUCAAACAGCGCAGUUAAAUCAAAAUACAAACCAGCUGGUUGAACAACGCUGUUGUAAAUUCUCUGCUGUCGCUGCUGCUCUGUUACUGUGUGAAAUCAAAAUAUUGCAUUCAGCCAAGUGGCUCCUGGUACUUACAGGCAGGCGUUUUUAUUAGUUAAAACCACAAAAAAAUCUGGAAGGUGAAAUUUUAUUGUUUCCACGCUGUGUGAGAAUGUUUACCUCACUUUCUAUUUUUGGGCUUCAUCUUCGUUCAUCCCACAAGUAGUGCCCAUUAUGGAAAAGGAAGUUAGAGAGCAGAAGUUCUUAGGCAUUUAAAAACUCCUGGGUUUCUGCUUUCACUCAUCUGAGCAGAUCUUGUACCCCGGUUUUAUUAUUAUUAUUAUUGUAAUAUUCUGAUGUUGCUUGCUGUAUUUGUAUUUGACGGCAUCAACUUUAUUUCUCUCGUGUGUUGUGCGCCCCCUAGCUUGGGAAUGUCUGCAUUAACUACUACAAAGUAAAAUCCCAGCAUUACAGUGUCUAAGACAUAAAGGAGGACGCCAUCCUACUUGCAGUACUGGGUGUGAAUAACACUCCACUCUUAAAGAAAAAAAAGAUUGCUGUUACAUCUGCUGUGGCUUUUGCUUUUCUCAGUUACUCAGUUUGCCAUGCUUGAUACUAAUUUAACUACCUAUUGUUGUGUUGUACUGUACUGCUAAUCCAGUAAAAAUGAAA